GCCCUGCCUCGCUGCCGCGGCUUUAGCCGGGGGUUUUGGUGCGCGGCUGACGGCCGCCGGGGACCGCCCGGCUCUCCCGUCUCCGCGGCCCCGGGGGAGGGGGGACCCAUCGCCGGCAGCCGGGCCCGGGAGGGGGAAGCCAACCGGCGAAGCCCGUUUCCCUCGCUCGGCAGGCAGAGCCCCGUCGGCGGCGGGCGAGGAGGAUCGGCUCGGCGAGGUGAGGGGGGUCGGGGGAUCGGCCGUGCCGCAGCGCCAUGCCCGCCGCCCGGCCGCGGCGGCUGCCCGCCCUCCUCCUCCUCCUCCUCCUCUUCCUCCUCCUCCUGCUCCUCAGCUGCCGCGCUGCCGCCGAGGGAGACGGCUCCCUGCUGCCGCCCGGCCCGGGCAGGCAGAGCCCCCCGACGGCCGGGAGCCCGGGGCUGCGGGGCUCCGAGCCCAACGCCUCCCGCCCGGCCGCGCCUCCCCAAGGCGGGGGGGCGGCUGGCGGGCGGCCGCGCUCGGCCUCUCCCCCGAUGUGCACGGGGCAGACGGAGAUCAAGGAGACAUUCAAGUACAUCAACACGGUGGUGUCCUGCCUCGUCUUCGUCCUGGGCAUCAUCGGCAACUCCACGCUGCUGCGGAUCAUCUACAAGAACAAGUGCAUGAGGAACGGCCCCAACAUCCUCAUCGCCAGCCUGGCCCUGGGCGACCUGCUUCACAUCAUCAUCGACAUCCCCAUCAACGUCUACAAGCUGCUUGCAGAGGACUGGCCCUUUGGUGUCGAAAUGUGCAAAUUAGUACCCUUCAUUCAAAAGGCAUCAGUGGGCAUCACAGUGUUGAGUUUGUGUGCCCUCAGUAUAGAUAGAUAUCGAGCAGUUGCUUCUUGGAGUCGCAUUAAAGGAAUUGGAGUGCCAAAGUGGACUGCAGUUGAGAUUGUACUGAUCUGGGUUAUAUCGGUGAUAUUGGCUGUUCCAGAAGCUAUUGCAUUUGACAUGAUUACAAUGGAGUACAGAGGAAAGGAUCUUAGAAUCUGCCUGCUUCACCCCACACAGAAAACAUCCUUUAUGAUGUUUUACAAGCAAGCUAAAGACUGGUGGCUGUUUAGUUUUUACUUCUGCUUGCCACUGGCUAUCACUGCGUUUUUCUACACUCUCAUGACCUGCGAGAUGUUACGAAAGAAAAGUGGGAUGCAGAUUGCUUUAAAUGACCACUUAAAACAGAGACGUGAGGUGGCCAAAACUGUGUUCUGUUUGGUACUUGUUUUUGCCUUGUGUUGGCUCCCACUUCACUUAAGCAGAAUAUUGAAGCUUACUAUUUAUGAUCAGAAGGACCCCAACAGAUGUGAACUUUUAAGCUUUUUUCUUGUGAUGGACUACAUUGGUAUUAACAUGGCUUCACUGAAUUCCUGCAUCAAUCCGAUAGCUCUGUAUUUGGUGAGCAAAAGAUUCCAGAACUGCUUUAAGUCAUGCUUGUGUUGCUGGUGCCAAUCCAAAGAUCUGUUGUCCCUGGAGGAAAGGCAGUCCUGUUUAAAGUUCAAAGCUAAUGAUCAUGGAUAUGAUAAUUUCCGCUCCAGUAACAAGUACAGCUCUUCAUAAAACAAGCACAAAAGGUAUAUUCUCUUAAAUUAAUGCUGGUGCCUUUUUAAGUAAAAGUGGCAAUCACUUUUAACGAGAUGGUAACGUUUAGAAAAAUCUAGUUUUGUGUUUGCACAGAAAAAGAACAUAAAAAAAAAAAAUGCCCCAAAACUGUGUCGCAUUCAAAAUCAUGGACAUUUAUAAAAUCGUCAUUUAUGGAACAUGAAGAAAAGCAUAGAAAGUCAUUGUUAGCACUUGAAUACUUCUGAAUCAGCACUUCCAAAUGAUCCCCACUUCCUGUACGUUAAACAAUCAUUUGUAUUUGCUAUAACAGUUGUAGGAACUGAAGUCACAGUAAUUACUAGGCAGUAUAAUAUAACACUAAUUGGACCAAAACCAUUAUUAUAUAUAACUCAGUAUAUUAUUUUUUAUAAAGCAGAUUAACCGCCAUCACUAUUGUAUUUUUUUUUUUAAAUAAAACAUUAAAUACUUUGUAAUAGAAGUUUAAAUAUAAAAAGUAGCAUUUUUAUCAGGGGUAUUAUAGAGGUAGCUGAUGAAAAUAUUAAAGGAUAGUCAAGUCAAAAGUGCAUUUCACACUGAUGACUGGUUUUACCUUUUAUUGUUAGAAGGAACCUCUGAAAGCCUCUAUAAAUGCCAUUUUGUAACCACUUUGUGUGUUCACUGCAUUUGGCAUCACUUUGGAUAUGGUCCAUUUCACUGUUUCCACAUUAUUCGUGUUUAAUGACAGCAAAGGAUAAAAAACACCCAAGCAAAAAUUAAUACUACUAGAACCAUACAAACAAUGGCUAGUAUUGGAAACCAGCUAUUUUUAACUGUAAACAAAUCGAUUGUAUCCCAUAUAAACAGUGAGCAUUCAAGAACCUCAUGGUUCUUUGCUCAAAAUAGUUCUGCAACAAUUUACAACUGUUGUUGCAAUUCGAGUACUGUCUUGGGGCAAAAGCCUUUCGAAAUAGCAGGUGGAAAAAUGUAACCAACAAAAACAGAUGGAGAAUUUGAACUUCUAUUUUCAUUUAGAUUUAAAUCUUCAUAAAGUAAAUAAUUCACAAUUGUACUUCUAGAGAACAGUACUAUGUAGCACACUUGCCUUCAUACUGUUUUAAAAUAUGUUCUCCUUCUGUAGUUCCAUAUUUAUGGGCUUAAGAAGAUGCAUGAUUACUUUCUGCUUCUGUAAAUAGUUUAGUGAAGCAUAAUUAAUUAUAAAGUAUUAAAGUAUGGGCAGGACCCUGUGAGAAAAACAGAAAGAUAAAGAUGCCUGUAGUAAACAUGAUGUGUGUUGCCGGGAGCAAGACACAUUUUGUACAUACAUGACAGGUCAUUCUUUGGCUUUUCAUUUCCUAUUAAUUUGUUACAGAUGUCCCCACCCAAAGACUUAAUAACAUAUUUCGUGCACUAAGGCAUGAGUUUUUCAAGAAAAAAUGUUAUAUAACAUGCUUUUAUAGAAGACAUGUUUUCAAUAGGCAUGGUAUUUUAUUAUAAUAAAAAUAUUUAUCAAAACUCAGGAAUAUUUUUUUUUUAAUUUCCAAAUUUCACACAUAAGGAUUUUAACCUUUUUUUCCAGCCUUGAUUAACUUCACAUUUUUUAAUAAAGUGCCUUAAAUAUGCUCAGGAUGAAAACAGUUUUCAUUAAAAUGUUCAGCUGAUGUUUGAGGUGGGUUUCAUCUCAUCUGACUUUAGAUAGCUACAGCUACCUUGCAGACAGCUUAAAAUAGGAGAGGUAAUCCCCAUUCCUGGUGUUGCUCCACCAAAAGCUAGUAAGCAUAUGCUUGCAUAAUCAAGCUGAGGACCUAUGCACAUGAUUUGAGCAUGGGCACGUAUGUGUGAGUAUGUGUGCAAGUGUGUAUGUUGUCUACCAUUAGGUUGCUGUUACCAUCUUUCUGCAACCGAUGCACCCAACUGCUACAAUGCUGAACUUUUAUAACUAUAAAUCUAUUUAAAGUUUUGUUCUUCACAUUUUUACAUUAACUUUCAUGGUAACUUUCUCACGUAAGCCAUGAAUAUCACUUCACCCUGUCUGCAUCUAUUUCUGUGAAAUACAUUUCAUCUGUUAAGGAUGAUCAAUGAAAUCCUAAGUUUGAUACUGAUCAGUGUUAUUUUCAUCAAGUUAUAUCGUUACACUAUUGUACAUGUAUAUUAUUAUUAUUUUAAUUUAAAAUAUAGCUGUUGUAUUGGCAAAUGUGUAACAUAUUUUUCAUAUUUUCCUGGACUAAUUCUUUGUUAAGAUGAGUCCUGCUAAGUCAGACAUUUAGAUUUUGCAAAUAAAGACCAUAUAUACUGCCUACUUUUAGGAGUUAAUAUAUACAUAUUAGUACACUUGCUGUCUUUUUUUGCAGUAUUUUUUAAAGCAGUAUUUUUACGGAAGCUCUCAUUUUCUGUAAUAAAAAUUUUCAAAAGUUCUGCUCUCAUAGAGAUAAAAGAAUACACGAGAGCUCCAGUGCAUCUGUGUUCUAGCUAAGAUUAAAUCUCUUAAUACUGAAGACAGGCAUUUUCUAAAGUCGUCAGUACAGUUCUAUUGAUCCAUCCACUGAAAUCAGUGAAUGUUUAACCAUUCAAUUCAGUUGGAGCGGAAUUAGGGCACAGCACUAUCUCUUUAAAAAACCUAGCUGACAUUUGCUACCUUGAAUGAAAAAAGCUGAAAGCUAAAUACUUUUUUUUUGUUGACAACUGAGUUUUUUAGAAAGGUUAGGAAAAAAAAAAGUGAAAUCUUCUCAUGGGGUAAGCCAGCCAGUCUAAGUUUCUCAGCCUCAAACAGGGUCUCGCGGCUAGCGGAACUGCAGAGAGGCACAUUCGAUAUGCGUGCCCAGAGUGGUGUGACAGAGCAAGAGCUGUCUGUCCGAGUGGCCUGAAGAGUUGACACAGAACGGCCUGAGAUGAAAAAAAUAAACUUGUAAGAAACUACAUCACAUCCCUGUGUUUUGGCCUUCGGGCUAAUAGCUAGAUUUUACUUGCCCAGCUGAUCUGAAUUCUGCGCGCACACCGCUCUCUCGGAGUUAAGAGAGGGCAUUUCAGACUGGGUGGACUGCACUGAUACACUGGUACUACACCUCUGAGAAUCACAUGCGAAAUUUGAUGGGUUUGGAGCAUUUGCUGUGAGCUGUGGCAUUUCACUGUCCAAAACAGCUCCUAAUCAACGCAUGGUUGGCUUAGCAAGAGAAUGUUGUAUGUACUGAAAUAAUGUUAAAAGGACUUUUUUUAUUGUUCUGUAUAGCUGUGUAAAAUAAUUCUAUAUUGCGUUUUCUGUGUUCACUUAAGAUAGCAAGUUCUGUGGUUCAGGCAGUGUAAACAUACUAAAUGACCAAUAAAAUAUUUGUAAUUUUCAUUAAUUACAAAAA